UGCCCAAGGAACACUCUCCCCGAAUAUAGACAUGUCGAAGAUCAAGAAGUUCUUUUCGAGGAAGAAGGAGGAGGCAGCGGCGUUCAAAGUUAAACUAAUGGGCAGCUCGAUGGGCGAGGGCCACAAAUUGAACACCCCCAAGCCUGAGGCACCUUCGAGCAGCAAAUCUCGGGGUCGUAAGUACGAAGCUUAUGUCCCUCCCAAGCGCAACGAGCUGAGCAAUGAAGCACGCGCCGCAGCGGCAGCCGCGCUCUCACGCAUCGACAAGAAGACUUCGCGGGAGUUCAACACCUCGCUGUCGGCAGUGAAGGCUCAGGCCAAGCGAGAGCUCGAGGCUGAGCGUCGCCAGAAGGAAGAGGCGUCUGCCACUGCAGAGGUGUCUGCAUCAACAACCAGCACCUCAUCCGGCGGGGACAACAGGAACCUGGCCUGCGAAGGUGUCUUCUUCCGCUGCCCGUUGGUCAGCGAUGAGAUUCUACCGAAAAGGGAUUGGAAGGUGAAGAUCAAGGAGUUCCUGUACCAGCAGUUGGAGGAGGGCGAUCGCGGUCUCACCGCCUGCCUGAUCAUCCACAAUUGCAAUGUGAAGGAGAAGGCCGACGAAUGCAUAGCCACACUUGUUCGGUAUCUGGAGAAUCUAAUCACGAACCCGACCGAUGAAAAGUUCUUGAAAAUACGCAUGUCGAACAAGAUCUUCAGCGAGAAAGUGCGUUACGUGGAGGGUGCAUUGGAUGUUUUGUAUGCUGCUGGCUUUAGCGAGGUCCAAAUCGACGGCGAGCCAUUCCUCCUCUGGACCAGGGAACAGACUGAACAAGAUCUCGACUUGCCCACCCUAGUUGACGCUCUGAAGAAUUCUGAGUGUAUUCCCCUGGAACUGGAUCGCAAUUUGAAAGUGCUGUUGCCCUCACAGGCACGGCGCGUUGUUCUACCCAAUGAUUUCUAUCGCCUCGCCCCAGAGGAGAUCAAGAAGGAGCAGCAGCUGCGCUCCGAUGCCAUACAACAGGCCCAGAUGUUGAGGACAAAGGCCAUGCGGGAACGCGAGGAGCAGCGCACUAUGCGCAUGUACCGCUACGCCUUGGUUAGGGUAAAAUUUCCCAAUGGCCUCUUCAUACAAGGCACUUUCAAUGUGUACGAGAAAAUAUCCGAUAUAUUUGAAUUUGUACAAGCUUGCCUGGCGGACGAGACACUCGAAUUUAAUCUGGUGGCCACCAGCGAGGGCAAGUUCGGUGAAGAAGACAUGGAUAAGACCUUAUUCGACUGCAAACUCAUUCCUAAUUCUCUGCUGCUGUUCUGCACCGAAGCAUCCUCGUCCGAUGGGAAUACCGGGGACGUCAACUACUUGAAGGAGGAGCUCUUCAUGCUGGUUCAGUCUAUGUAGGGAGGCCCGUCUUCGUUUGAUCAUUGAGCGGCUGUUUUUGAGUUGUGCCCAGUAACUUAUAUAAUUUAUCAAGCUGUUGUUAUAUUUAUUACUUUCACAUUUAUUAUUCAAAAUCAAAUAUAAGCACACUUUCAA